AUGGCCUCGGAUGUGGCCGAUUGUCAUGGGUUUGUCGAACCGGAGGACGGUUUCGCUGAUGACGAUCUCCUCUCCCCGGAAGACGUCAAUUGUGUGUAGUUUUCGUUUCGAUUCAAGAUUUCCGAAUCAAAUAUUUUGAAAAGAAUGUAUCGAAGCAAUAAAUUCACAUAUUCUGAGCCGAAAACCUUUGAAACUUGAAGUAUAGUUUUGAGAAAAAGCUUUAGAAUUAUUGAAAUUGGUCAAAUCUGAAGAAAAACAGCGAUUUUGAAAAAUGUAUCUUGCAAAAAGCGAGAUUUUUUGGAUUGGAGAAUUGAAGAUUUGCUGAAAAUAGUUUGAAAAGGCCUGAACUCGAUCGUAGCUGAGCUCUUGAAACGCCGUGAAGCUUGAGUUGGGUUUGAGGAGUUUUUCAAGAAAAUAUUUGUGAAAAAAAUUGAUUAGAAUCAAAUUUCAAUACAAUUAAAAAAAUAUCUUUGAGCUAAAAAAAUGAAAAAAAUAUGUCUGUGAGUGAAUUAAGUGCAGUUCAAAGGCAAUAACCCGAUCACUCCAUCAACUUUUUAAUUAACCCAAUCUUCUCAAUUAAAAUCUUCAGUGGCGUUGGCCGGGGGAAUGACGCCGUCGAGAUCUUUCCUCGAAACGGUCGAUUUCGAAUCGGAACUCGGCCCUGUGGAUCCCUUCGAGGAGUCUUUCGCCGAAAUUUCCGCUCAUGAAAUCGUUCAAGUGAUUGCGGAUGGUGAUCGUGUUGGAAGGUAGUUUUUCUCCGGGAAAAUUCAGAAAACUAGGAAAAAGGGUAUAAAGAUGGCACGAAGAAGAAGAACAUUUUUUUUUUUUUUAAAUCACUUUCCUGAGUUUUUUUUUUGAUUUUUAAAGGUUUUUUGAAUGAAAGCAUGAUUUUUUUCUCUUGAUACCUGAAUUCCCUUAAAAAUUGAUAAUUUUCAGGCCAAUAAUCGUCAUUUACGCCUACCGGUUACCCCCACGACGAGACUUUGACCACGCUCAGUUUUUGCGCUAUUUACAGCAUAUUCUCGAUAAGGUUUGAUGAUUUUUAAGCGUUUUUUCGAAAUGUAGAUAAUUUUUUUUUGUUGGAGUUUGUAGAAAAAUGUCGAUUUAAAAUGGUAACGAAUGAUAAUUUUUUUAGGAAAAAAAAAUUAUAAUUUAAAACUGAAUUUUUCUCUAUGGAAGGUAGCUUAAAAUUUGAAGAGAUUUCUGCGAACUUUCUGGAAUUCUUUUUUGCCACCUUUCUGCGACCUUUUUUGAGCCUCUCCCUUUUUGCGGCCAUUAUCCACUAUUCCGAAUUUGCCCGAAAAGCAAUUUUGAGACCUUUUUCAAGUUUCACAUGAACAAAUUCACCAUUUUCAGCUCGUCGACCUCGAUUACACAAUCGUCUAUUUUCAUUACGGACUGAGAAGUCACAAUAAACCGCCCGUGAAAUGGCUCUUCCAAGCUUAUAAGAUUCUGGAUCGCAGGUAAUAAAUAAAUAUUUUCGGAGGUCUACGCCGAAAAAAAUUAGGAAAAAUUAUGAGAAUUUUUUUAUUUUUAAAGAGUUAUUGCACCUCCAAAUUAACUUUCAUCAUCAAAGAUUUUUGAGUAAUUGAGGUCAUUUUACACAGAAGUUGGCAAAAAAACCAAUCCCAAAGGAAAUUUUAUUUGCGAAUUCCGUAGGUUGAGGCUUUGAAAGUCUUUUUCGGAUACAUCAGAAAGUUUUCAGAAAUUCCUGUAAAAAAAUACCAUUUUUUUAAGAUUAAAAUCGUUUUUUUAAGGUACAAAAAGAACCUGAAAGCGUUGUAUGUGGUGCACCCGACGCGGUUCAUCCGAAUCCUCUGGAGCCUUUUCAAGCCCUUCAUUUCCGGAAAAUUCGAGGACAAAUUCCACUACGUCAUGUGCAUCGACGAGCUCGAACAGGCGUUGACCGUUUCUCGGUUCGUUCAUUUUUUUUGUUUGAUUGAGUUUUUCAAAUAUACUAUAGCUAGAAAAUUUAACAGAAGUAAAGUUUCCGAGUGAAAUCGAAAAAAAAACCCUUGUACUUUUUUUAAGCGAAAAAAAAAAAUUGAAAAAAUUGAAUGGAGUCUUGAGGGACCAUUUAAGGGAUUUAUAAAAUUGCUCUGUUGAUUGAUUUAGGUUGAUUUAGAAUUUUGGUUCUGAUAAUUGUAUGAUUAUCGAAUCUCUUUUUUUGCGAAUUUUUUUGGAUAUACAAAAAAAUCCCAAUUUAUUUUUUUAAGCGUUGUAUUUUUAAUAAUCAUCUUUAAGCACGUUUUUAACAAAUUAUUUGUGUUUUUUUAUUUAUUUGAGUGCCAUACAUCUACCAUUCUUCUCGCGCAAUCUUCUUUUUUUUUUCUUUUUCUUUUUGUUUCACCCGUGAAAAAAUUUUUCACCUAAAUUUCAUGUACAAAUACCGAAAAAGUCGAAUUUUUUUUCAUUUUGAACCGUGAAUUUCCCUAUUUUCCAGCUUGAAUUUACCCAAACCGAUCCGCGACCACGACGAGACGUUUUUCGGAAACUUCGAAAAGGCCCGAAACUCCCCUCGACGCAACCGCGGCCCACGCAACAGUUUGGCGUUUCCCCUGCAGUUGUGAGUUUUUUUUAAAAAAAUUUUUUGGCAAUUUUAGAUUUUUUUAGUAUCACAUCUUUUGAGGUUUAAUUCCGAAGAAAAAAAGCUUUUGUAUUUGUUUUUUUCAAGGUACUGAAAAGCUAUUAUGAAUUUUAAGGAAAGAGUUGAAAAUAAUUAAAACCGUGGAAAAAAAUCUUGAGCUUUUUUUGCUAAUAUGACCAAUAACUUGUUUUUUUAUUUGUGUUAAAUUAAAAAAAUAAUAUUUUUUUGCUUUGAGAAAUUAACUCUGUUUAUUUCUAUGAUAUUUAUCACCGUUCAAAGUACUAUACACUUUUUGAUGAAAUACAUUGCUUAAAAGUUUUAUUCCGAAUUUUCCCAUUAGGACCUGGUUUUAAAGUUGAUCGGUCAUUCAGCUUCAUAUUAGAAAUUCUUCAUAUAAUACUAAAAAUGCUCGAAACCACAUGAACUCUGGACUCAGACAGAGUCUCACCCUUAACCAUAAGAAAAAAGAAACUUUUGAAUUUGUACUUUACAAAGUUUUUGUACUCGGCCCCGUCUGGCUCACAGACAAAAGUUUUAUCGAAAAAAAAACUAAUCGACCUUUUGGAUCUUUUUUCUUCUUAUCUGGAAAAAGAGAAAGGUUUUUUAUCAAUCUCGAUGAAAACCGGAUGGAUUUUCGAACUAUUCAGCUCAAAAAAGAGCUGAAAUAUCACUGACCAGUAGUUUUUUUGUGGUUGAAUAAGAAUCGAAAUUUCCAAAAACUUAAAAGUUUUCAACAAUGGCCCAAAAGAAGCGAUGGAAAUAUAUUAGAUUUGUUUGAAAUUUCGAAUUUUUCAAAGGAACAUCAAAUAUUCACAAAAAAAUGACGUUUGAAAUAGAUUUGCUAAUAAAAUUUCAAAAAAACCGAAAAAUAGUUCCAUAUUCAAAAAAAUAGUUUUUAAUAAAUAUCUCGUGAUGAUUUUUUUCAUUCCUCCAAUUUCAAAGAAAAUGGAAAAAUCGGAUGAUUUCCCAGUAAACAAUAGCAGUGUAAAUAACAUUUGAGACAUUUUUUUCUCAGCUUUCAUUUUUUUUUUCUCAGUUGUUAGUUUCAUUUUUUUGCGACUUUUUGAAAGUUUUCUCGGCUAAAAUCUGUCAAAAUGUUCAUUUUUUCAACCAAAAUAAACGUGAAGAGAUCAAUUGAAGAAAAUAGUUUUUUCAAAAUUUCAUCUAUAAGAUAUUCAGGAAAUUUUCGCAUUCCGAGAAAAUCCCACGUCUUUCUCAUUGAAAAACGAAACUUUUGAUUUUGUAUCCGCCAUUUACACAGGGUUUUUUGGCUGAUAACUCAUCGAAAUUACUAAUUUUUUGGUUUUCUUGUAUCUUUUAUUUUUUAAAUUGGAGGUUCAAAAUAUUCCCCAGAAAAAAAUCCCAGAGGAAAAUCAUACUUUUUGCCCUAUUUUAAUCCAUCAAAGUCCGAUUUAUCAUGCAAGGUCCUGGAAAAAGCUGUUUUCGAAAUACUUAUUGUUCCUUUUAAGCUUUUUAUUUUAUUUCAUGGUUAUUGAGCUCUGUUCCGGUGCUCGAGUGAUGUAAUUAGAAAACAAUUAAUUUAAUUAGGUAAUAAUAUUUUUAAGAAUGUGUUAAUCUUCGAAUUAAUCUUUUUCAUUAGAAACUCUUGUGGGAAGUUCUUUGAACAUUUUGAAAUACUUUUUUUAUUUCACCAUUUGAGAAAUUAAUCAACAAAGAGCGUUUUAAAAAGUUUUUUUUCCUAAUUUCUAAAAAAUUUCACGCCUUCAAAACUUUUUGUAGAAAAAAAGUGAACUUGGAAUAAAAAAGCCGAUUUUUUCAAAGAAGAUAGCUAAAUUAGAAUAUUUUCUUUCAUCAUUGCUUAAUGUAUAAAAUUAAUCCGAAAACUCAAAAACCUUUCUGAAAAAGAAAGUUUGUCUUUACAUCUGAAACUCCCAUUUUUUUCUUCAUUUCGCUGUUUCUAAAAUUUCGAAGGUCCUAUCAGAGGAAUAGGCUGGUUUGAUGCUCAGAAAACGAUUUUCCAUUAAAAAAAGUAUCAUUUUUUUCAAAGUUUUGUUUUUCGUGACAACCUUUUUGGUGACACAUUUUGAUAUGAUAUCACCUUUUUACUAUCAUUUCUGACGUUAUCGAGGUUCGAUAUAGUAAUUCGAGGAGUUUAAACUACAAUAUUUUUGUAUUUCGAUUUCGAAAGAUGAUGUUUUUUUGUUGACUAUAUAACAAAUAUUUGAUGUGAAACUUGGAAAUUAAUAUUCGAUGACCUUUUUAAAAAAAGUUAAUUUGUAGAUUAACAUCUUAUUCAGAAUAAUAUUAUCAACUCAUUUUUUCUAAUUGUUUCAGUUGAGUAAUGGAACAGAGCUCAAUAAUCAGGAAAAUGUAUAAAAAAGCAAAAUAAAAAAAAAUCAGAAAACACCUUUUUCCUGGACCUUGCAUGAUAAAUCGGCCUUUGGUGAAUUAUGGUAAAAAAAUCUUAUUUUUCCUUUGAAACCGAGCUUUGGAACAUCUGAACGUCAACUUCGGGAAAUUAAAAAAAUGAAGAAACCGGAAUAAUUAGUAAUUUUUGAUGAUUUAUCAGCCAAAAAAAGGCGAAUACAAAAUCAAAAGUUUCGUUUUUUUUCCAUGAGAAAAACGUGGGAUUUUCUCAGAAUGAGAGAUUUUUCUGAAACUUUCACAGAAUAAUUGAAAAAAAAAAACCAUUUUAGUCAUAGUUUUUAGCUCCAAAAGGUCCUUAAAGAAAGCUGAAAUGGUGGUUUUUUUGGUUUAUUGGUUUUUCUACCUGGGUAAGUAUUUCGUUUCAUCUACGAAAGAACGAGUUGAAUAUCUGAUUAGUUUCCCAAUUUUUUUCCUCAGAUUUUAUUUAUAAAAAAAGGAAGAAAAUGAGCUAUUUCAAGGGCUAUUCCGCAUUCAAAAAGACUUUUUUUUACUCCGAAAAAGUUCCCUCCAUGAUUUUUUGGUUUUUCUUAUCGUAUUGAGCACCGAAAAUGCUUUUGUUCUUUUUUCAUUGGAAAAGACUGUUUUCCUUCUUUAUUUUGACUCAUUGCGUCAGAGCACAAUCGAAGGCUGAUAAAGAGCUCUUGAUGAACGUUGGUUUUUUGCAAAACGGAAUAUUUCGAAGCAUUUUUGAGCGUUUUCACAAAAUUUUUGUGGCUAUUAUGCUUCUGAUGUCGAUCAUAAAGAAGAAAACUCGAAAAAGGGCCUUUUAAAUUUGAAAUUUACGUUUUGGAUAAUUUUUGUCCUGAAAACGGAGACCUCUGAAAGUGCUCAUGAUAAAUUAUACAAAGCAGGAAUCUGAUAGACACUAUAAAUCCUACAUAUGUAAAAACCGGUUCUAAUUUAUUUAUACUUUUUCACCUUAUGGAUGAAUAAAUAUUAUUAUUAUUAUUAAGAAAAGGAAAAGUUCCUUUGACGGUCCUCAAUGGGUCCUGAGAGGGAGGUAAAAAGGUUCCUCUAAGGUCCAAAAAUGAUGUUAAAAAGGUUUUGAGCUCUUUUUUCAUAGCCUUAGAGGAUUCUUUUUUGAUUCUUCUCGAAUCUUUUUAGUUGCUUUUCAGCAUCUUUUUUGUUAAAGGAUGUGAUAAAGAUCUGCUGGGGACCCUUUAAGGUCUUUUUUUGAGAAAAGCUUUUGGAGAACUUUUCAGUUUUGCCCGAGUAAGUGCCGUGUUCAGAAAGUAGCCGUCAGAGAGUGAAAAAGAUACUAAUUUUUGGAAAAGCGGAGAAAAUUUUGAGUUUCGCAGUUUAUGAGAUUUCAACACUACAAAGCUUCCAAUGUUGCGGAAAAGCUCAAAGCUCCUUUGUCCCUCUUGAUCUGUGCGUAAUCAAUCGGAAUGAGCUUCGAGGACCUCUUUUCUCUUUGUAGAUCUGUUUGCAAUGGAGUGCGCGGUGAUUCACUCCCACGAACAGCCCGAGGAAGUGGGCGUGGCCGGAGAGGCGGAGCUUAACCCAGGGCUUUUUCCCUUUGGGUACUUUGCCCCCGCCGAGGUGUGAAGAUACUUCACUUUUUGAUGUUGUCCUUCGAGCCGGCUAGUUCCUGAGUAUUCUCUGAGAUUUCCUGGGAUUCUGGAGCAUUUUAUUGCUUUUUAUUGAGCUUUCAUAGUUUUUUUUGCGUAAGGCAAGAAGCUUCCCGAUUUUUUUCAAAUUUUGGUCCGAGAGCUUGUAAGAGACGGCCUUUUGGUUGUCCUAGAUGAUUUUGAGGAUUUUGUCGUGACUUUUGAAUUUUUUAACUUCUAGAAGAUGAUGUGAAGCUUUCUGGCGGCCUCCUAGAAGUUUCAUAGAAAAAAGAAAGGCUCUCAAAAUUUCAAAAAAGCGAUCGAAUUCAAUUUCUGCUCAAAUAUACGAAAGGACCUCUGGAAUCUCAAAAAACAUUUUUUUUUUGCCAAUAAAAAGCCCGGGAAAUAUCUAUUUUCAGCCCUUCUUUGAAUUUUCGCUUCAUCAAGAUCGUUUCAAUCUAGAAACAGUUGAAAUGAAUCUUUUUUCUUAUUUUUUCCCGUCCUUUUCUUUUUCCAUCGAUCUUUGUUCGAAUGGUCAGACGGUUUUUUUGUUUUUAGUUUCCGCUCUGUUUAACACGUGAAAUGGGUUUUUUGUCCCUUUUAAAACAAAAAGUUUGAGUUUUGUUGUUCUACUCGCAACAUUGAAACAACAUGUGAGAACUUGAAAGGAAUCGAAUUUUUCCUCGUUUCUUCCGGAAAAAAGGUCCUACCUGGAACUGUUACAGUAUCAUGGCCCACCAUCCGGACAGCGACAUUCCUCCCGUUGUUCAGUACCUUAUCGAAUUCCUGGAACAACACGCCUUGGAUAUGGAGGGCGUCUUCCGGAAAAGCGCCAACAUUGGAAGCAUCAAACGGCUCCAGGAACGGAUUAAUCGCGGUAAUUUAUCGAUUUUUCAAACAUUCUUAAAAUUCAUCUUUUUUCAACAGCCGUGUUCAUUACUCAAUAUUUUCCGAGUUUUUGAAAGUUUUUAUCUUUUCUAUACCUGGACAAAUUCCGCUGUAAGCUUUUUCGGACAAUAACUCAUAGUAAAAGCGAAAAUUGAAACGAAAAUUCUCUCUUUUUUCAUACUAUCUCGUAGGACCCUUUUUUCAAUUUUUAUGUGGAAAGAGAAAGCGAAAAUUGAUCUUCCCAGAGAAUCAAAAUGAAUCGCUUUUCAAAACUUUUCUGCUUUCAUUGCGAUUUCAUUCAAACAUUUUUAGUUAUAUUAUUUGGCCAGAAAACUUUAAAUAGAUCUCUAGAAACUGUAAAGAACGACCUUUCAAACAAACAAAAAUGGAUUCCAGGCGAAAAAGUGGAUUUUGUGAACGACCCCGAGUACAGGGACAACACGCCGGUGGCUUGUCUCCAGGCUUCAGUUUUAUUGAAAACCUUCUUUCGGUCCCUCGGAGAGCCCUUGCUCACGAACGCCUUGUACCCGAAGCUCGUCGAGCUCGCCGGUUAGUUAUCACUUUAGGGAAAAUCCAGGAGAUCUGCUGGAGACCUUCAAAACGUGUGGAGAAAGAAGAAUAUCCGAAAAAAAACUGAGAAACGUUUGAAAGAGGCUUUUUGGAUUCUUUUUUUUUCUUCCUAGGAGCUUAAAUUCUCCUCAAAGUUUCUUUUUAAAAUGAUUUUUUUUUUAACUUUAAUAGAUUUUUAUGAGAUUGUUAGAACAAUUUUAACGAACUUUUUCUAAAAGCUUAUCACUUGAUUCGAAAAAGAAAAUCGACUUUUUUUCUUCAGACAUUCCCAAGAAUGAAAAGCUGCCGGCGAUCAAGCAAAUCAUCAAAUUGCUACCGAGGGAAAAUUACGUCCUGUUGAAGGCAAUCGUCCGGUUUUUGACCAAGGUAUGGAGUUUGCUCUUUCGAUCAAGCUUAAAAAGAUAUUCAACCGGAAAAUUCUGGAAAUUUCAUUUAAAAUGAAGUAAAAUUUAAGUUUUAGCAUUCCUUUUUGAUACGUGAAAUGGGAAAAUUUGCUUUUCAAUAACUUUUUUUUUUGAAGUAUUGAUAGUUAUCAGGAUAUUGAAAUUUGAUAUUGAACUUGGCUUUCUUUCCAAAAUUGGCGAAAUCUCUCGUCCGCUGGAGGAAUUGAACUUCUCAUGACAAAAUUUUUGAGUUUUCAAACUUCUUUUGAUAUUUCAAUUGAAGCCAAAAUGUGAUUUUUUAGUUCAAAAUCGAGAAGGAUCAAGUUUUAAAAUAAUUCGAAAAAGUUGAAAUUUUCAACUAACCAAGAAUGAUUUUUCUUCUUCCAGUUCAAAUUUUCGAAAAUUCGAAAUGACCGGAAAUCACCAAAUACAAAAUAACAUAAGCGUCGUCAUUUUGAACUCGAAAAAUCCAACACGAAUCCAAUUUUUUGCGGGUUGUAUUUGGGUUGGCGUCAUAUUUGUAGUUUAUUUUUCGGGUUCCCGUCAUUUCUAUCCAUUGAGCACAUUUGUUUGUUGAACAAAAAGGUGUGACGUCUUUUCGGAAGUGAACUACGAGAAAAAAAAGGCUAAUCGGAUUAUUAAUUCCCCUUUUUUCUUCAGGUUGCCGACCACAGCAAAACCAAUUUGAUGAACGCCAACAAUUUGAGCGUCGUUUUUGGCCCCAACCUCACCUGGCCGACUAAUCAGCAGGUGAACAUUUGGUUAGGACAGAUGAAAGGCCCUAUAAAAGACCAAUUAGAGUUUUUUUUUCGGUUUUUUGAGAUGCCAGAGAUUUUUUCCAAAAAAAAAGAGUUGAAAAUUUUAUAGUUUUAAAAAUGAGUUUUUCUGGUCCCAUUCUUACCUGGCCGAUUAAUCAGCAGGUAAACAUUUGAUCAGAACAAUUGAAAGGUCCAUUAAGAGACCAUAUGGAAUUUUUUUGUUCUUUUGAGCUCCCAAAGAUUUUUCCAAAAAAAGAAGAGUUGAAAAAAAUUUAAAGUUUCAAAAAUGAGUUUUUUUCUGGUCCCAUUCUUACCUGGCCGAUUAAUCAGCUGGUAAACACUUGGUCAGGACAAGUGAAAAAAAUGCCAUCUUUAGUCUUUUUGAGCUUAUAGAGACUCAUUUCACAAGAAAAAAUAGUUAAAUAGAAAAAUAAAAUAAAACAUUUCUAGUUUGAUCGGCCCAUAUUCUUUUCUCCCAAAAAAAGCCGUUUCAAAAUUUCUACUUGAAGUAUUUAUUUUAGGUACUGUUUCAUUGGUUUCAAUUUAAAUCACCUUUCUUUAAAACGAAGGAACUUCCUCAGGAACAUGUAAUUUUUUUCAGAAAUAUACAUCUUCUAACACAAAUUUUGACAAAAAAACUUGAUACAAUCCAAAAAAAUUAAAAAAAGCAAUUUUUUUUCAAUUUCCAGGUGCCAAUCACGCAGUUGAACAACCUGAACAACUUCUGCUACCGGUUAAUAGUCGACUACGACAAAGUUUUUUUGAUAAAUAACCCAGAAAAAAAUUAUUAUAUAUUUCCAAAAUAUUCGCCAGUUUUUGUAAUUUUCCAACCCCUACCAGUAUUCCAGUCUCUUUCGCACGAUCCUUGUGAUAUCCCAGAUUCAAUUUCAACGAUUCUUGUACCAUAA